AUGAUAUAUCUACGUCGGCGGGGUCCAAGGCUGAAGAGUCUCGAUAUUCGGUUUCUUCGCCAUACACCCACAGCUGUCACUCGUUUCAGUCUUGCAGGUCCGCCCCCCCCCCCCCCUUCUUUCAGUUGCGUCUGCCCUUGGUACAGAAAGACACUCUCUCGUCUCCAGCCAGCCACCAUGAAGGCCUCUUCUAUCGCUACGGCCUUGGCCGGUGGCAUAACCAUGCUCUCAGCGGCGGUGCAAGCCGAUCCGGGGAUGAUGAACUCGUCUGUUCUGGAAGCCCUCCACGAGGCAGACCGGAGGCCACAAGAGCUCAUCGGUGACCUUCAAUGGCUUCAACCUCGCCAGAUGAGCCCCGUUUCCCACUUGGUCAGAUCAAUUCUGGUCGAUGGCUUCGAUGCUCAAUCGAAUGAGCAUUACCAAUACGUACCUCCCUUGCGUUCGGCAGCUUGUGCUCGAGACACUUGCUGCGUCUGGUGGUACAUUGCCAAAGAAAUGUCACAACUCUUCCGUGGCACUGAUGGGCAAUGUACAGAUGCCGCCCGAGGUGCCAUCCGCACCGGAUUUCACGAUGCCGGCGCGUGGUCCAAGACUACGGGCGAUUUCGGGGGUGCUGACGGGUCCAUCGUCCAUGCACCCGAGGAGAUGCUUCGCCGACCAAACAAGGGGCUUCAAGAGAUUGUUCAACAGUACAAGUUUUGGUACGAUCGCUGGAGCCAUUUCGGUGUUAGCAUGGCCGAUUUGAUCCAGAUGGGCGCCAAUGUCGCUACUGUUGUUUGCCCUCUUGGCCCCCGCAUCCGCUCCUUUGUUGGCCGCCGAGACAACUUCAAGCCUGCUCCAGACGGGCUUCUCCCCAGCCCUUUCGACCCUCCCGACAAGGUCAUCGCCAUGUUCCGUGCCAAGACUAUCCAACCGCUCAGCCUUGCCGCCCUGCUCGGUGCUCACUCCACCAGCCGCCAACGUUUCUUCAAUCCUGCGCGUGCUGGCGCCCCCCAGGACAGCACCCCAGGUGUUUGCGAUGUGCUGUUCUACCGCCAGACUCUGGCUGCCCGCUCCCCUCCUGAUGUCUUCCGCCUCCCCAGCGAUGUUGUCUUGGCUGAGCACCCCCUCCUGUUCCCGGCUUUCAAGGCUUUUGCCGGACCUGGUGGCCAGGCUCUUUGGGCUCAUGAAUACGCCCGCGCGUACCUCCGGCUUAGUCUUCUCGGUGUUUUCAACAUCAACAACCUGACCGACUGCACCCGGGUGCUACCGCCGAGAACGCUCAAGUGGUGA